CUAGACUGCAGAAAUGUUUGCACAAGCCCUCCUUAUUUCACGAGGACAUAAUAUAUCAGUAGACUUAUAUGAAGAUAAACCUUCCAUUUCUUGGACCAAUAGCUACACAAAUGUGUAUGACAGCAGGCGAGUGAUAUUCUAAGAAUUCUGCAUUCUGCAGUUCCAUAAUGUUUAAUCGGUCUUUUCAUGUUGAAAUCUGUUUAUGGAAGAAAAUAUGUGUGUCCCAUCGCAAUAUUUUGAUAGAAAAUACUCUGACACUCCAGGCUGUGAUGUCUCUUCUUCUACUCACCAAGCCCUCUGGUUUUAUAGUGUCAUCAGCCAGUAGUCAAUCACAGGAUCAGACAUCACACAUCAGACAAUCCCAGGACGCAGCAGUACAGAAUGUGAGCCUGGCAUGCAGGCCUUGUCUGAGCCAUGCCAACGUACAGCAGUUCUCCUUUCGGCCGUUGUUUUGCUGCAGUGUGCAUGUAUGGAAUUAGAUUUUCCUAUUUUUAAAAGCCACUGUAAUCUUGGGAAAGCAUGACUGCCAAUCAUGAAUUACAUGGUGGUGGCUGAUAUGUCUCUGAGAAAGUAACGUGCAACAGUCAUAAUAGCAGUGUUGCCCUUAUCUGGCACAGCCGAGGCAUUCCUACACUUCUCCAUACUUAUCGUGGACCAGCUUUCUGGCGUGGGCCACUGUGAUAGUGGAGAUGAGUUCUAAUGUACCAGCAGGGUUGGCUCUGCCAUUCAAAUCAAUGUAGUUAGUUGGAAAGUGAAGACGGUCUUAGACCAGACUGGAUCACAAACAGUCUUCUGAUUCAGCCAGAAUGGUGACGACAAAGGGUGAAGACAAAGGACUGAGCCACAAACUUCAUGGAACAGCGAACUAGAUCAAAACUAAGGAGGCGCUGUCAGUGGUAAGUGAAGACCAGUCCUUGUUUGAGCCUCCUUACGCUGCUGCUGCUCCCCUACCCAAGACAGACAUGACUGCAUCCAAUGCACAGGACUACGGACAGCCACACAAAAUCAACCCCUUACCCCCCCAGCAGGAGUGGAUCAACCAGCCAGCCCGAGUCAACGUCAAACGCGAAUAUGACCACAUUAACGGAUCCAGGGAGUCCCCGGUGGACUGCAGCGUGGGCAAAUGCAAUAAGAUGGUGGGCGGCUCAGACGCUACUCAGAUGGGCUACGGGAGUUACAUGGACGAGAAGAACGCUCCCCCACCAAAUAUGACCACCAACGAGAGGAGAGUUAUAGUCCCAGCAGAUCCAUCGCUGUGGUCCCCGGACCACGUGCGGCAGUGGCUGGAGUGGGCCAUUAAGGAGUAUGGCCUGGUGGAGAUCGACACGGCCAUGUUUCAGACCACGGAUGGCAAGGAGUUGUGCAAGAUGAGCAAGGAGGACUUCCUGAGGCUCACCACAGCCUACAACGCCGAGGUCCUGCUUUCACAUCUCAAUUACCUCAGGGACAGUAGCUCAUCUUUAUCCUACAAUACACCAUCUCACACAGAUCAGUCUCCAAGACUCGCAGCCAAAGAAGACCCGUCUUAUGAUGCUGUGCGGCGGUCAGGCUGGUCGAACAACAUGCACAGCAGCAAAGGCUCUCCAGCUGUGGUCACACAGAAUGUGUCCAAGACCACGGAGCAACCACGGCCUCAGCCUGAUCCAUACCAGAUCCUGGGGCCGACAAGUAGUCGACUAGCCAACCCAGGCUCCGGACAGAUCCAGCUGUGGCAGUUCCUGCUAGAGCUUCUGUCGGACAGCGCCAAUGCCGGCUGCAUCACCUGGGAGGGCACCAACGGCGAGUUCAAGAUGACGGACCCAGACGAGGUUGCCCGGCGCUGGGGCGAGCGCAAGAGCAAGCCCAACAUGAACUACGACAAGCUGAGCCGCGCGCUGCGCUACUACUACGACAAGAACAUCAUGACCAAGGUGCACGGCAAGCGUUACGCCUACAAGUUCGACUUCCACGGCAUUGCCCAGGCACUGCAGCCCCACCCCACUGAGUCCACCAUGUACAAGUAUCCGUCCGACCUGGCCUACGUGCCCUCCUACCACAGCCACCAGCAGAAGGUCAACUUCGUGUCGCCGCACCCACAGUCCAUGCCCGUCACCUCCUCCAACUUCUUCGGACCCACUGCCCCCUACUGGAGCUCCCCCACCGGGGGCAUCUACCCCAGUCCCAGCGUCCCGCGCCACCCAAACUCCCACGUGCCCUCGCACCUGGGGAGUUACUACUAAGGCCUUUUCAUUUCACUCAAGCCUAUAGGAGUGGCCUGCCUGCACUUGCAAGGAAAACCAAAAUGAGGGAAAAAAAGGAGAGGCAAUGGAAAGGAAGUGCGAUUCCCUCGUUCUCUUUAAGCUUCUCGAUCUGAACUUACCAAAACGAUGGAAGGAUAUUAACUAAAUGAAGAAAAAAAAACUGGAUUUGUCAAUCCACUUAGAAUGGAGUACUACUUAUUCACAAGACAAAGGACUGUUUCAUUCUUCUGUUUUUGUUUUAUAAUGGUGUGUGUCUGUGUUUAUAGAUGUUUUUUGGGCUCUCCUUUCCCCACAAAGCUGCACCGCUAACCUGAGAGCCCCGUCCCCAAAGAAACACGCAUAGAGAUGCUCGAGACCUUGGAAGGACCCAAUAAGAACACUAUGAUCACCUCUGAGGGUGAUGCCACACCCAAUAUGGACUCUGGGUCCGUGGGUCUCAAUCUCAAUCUCCUCCCAAAGUUAUUCACAGGUGCCUCCUUCAAAUUUAUCCUCUCUGGAUCUUGUGAUGUCUGACUCCCCCCUCACGUCUGUCUACGUCUUUCGUGUUUGUCAAAAUCCCGUUGAUCUGCGGGGGACUGACUGCCUUAUAGAAGGGAAUGUCUCAAUGCUGACCAAAAUCUGGCAACUGGAACGUAGUGUUCACACUUCACUUUUCCUCCUAACUGGAACAAAGAAAGGUGAAAAACAGAGUCUGGAGAACCUAACAGAACAUGCUCAGAGGGUCCUGUGGCCAGAGUCUGAAGAGCCUAACAGAACAUGCUCAGAGGGUCCUCUGGCCAGAGUCAUUGUUUCUCCCCAGCCAAAGCACAUAUAAAAUAGGUAAGCUUUAUGAGAGUAUCCAUGUGAAAGCUCUGUGGUCCCAAUUUUGACACUUCUCUUUUAUUUUGCUUUAAUGGAAUUUCAUCUCACAGUGGUCUAUCUUUACUCCUUUAGGCAUAUAUAUAUAUAUAUAUAUAUAUAUAUAUAUAUAUAUAUGUGUGUGUGUGUGUGUGUGCGUUGAGUUCUAGCUUGUGAAUAUCCUAGGUCUUCCUCUUAACCAAUCUCAGAAAAAGUGACUUCACAGAAACUGCCUGCAGUCAUUAAUGUAAAACUGAACAUACAUUCUUUCACACUCCAACACAAUGCAUUAAUGCAAGAAAUGUAGAUUAUUGCACAGCUGAAUGUCAACAUUGUGCUAAGUACCUCUUAGGAAAAAAGAAGAGAUAAAUUUUAAACAAGUGAACAAAAAAAAUAACAGUUUAAUGACAUAAAAGGUUGAAACCGGAGAAAUCCUCAGAUUCGCGAACGCUGUGCGUUUGUCAGACCUAUUUGCUAUUAUUUUUUAAUCAACGGUCAACUAGGCAUUAAAAGCAUCUUACUGUAUAAAUUAUGCAGAUUUAUUUUCAUAUGUGACAGUAUUGAAAGACCAAUAAGAUUAAUACGAGUUGACCUCGGUCAAAUGCAGACUUUUUUAAAGCCGUUAAUGAAGGUAAUUUGUACAACAGUAAAGUGUUUUGUAUCUGUACAUUUGGGCAAUAACUUUAUGAAUGUUUCGUUUUGUACUCUGAAUACAUUUUCUCAUGGCCUCACUGUCUUGCCACAGCAACGAGUUUUUUUAAAACAAAGGAUUUUUUUAAACGACUUUAUUAUCAUAUAAACCCACAACCACCUGUUUAAACUCCAAAUGUCAUGAAUGAGUUUUCAGUUUUGACACACCAAGAUGGUUGUCUUUUUGUACUGUUUUAGCAAAAAAUAAAUAAAAAUCCCAUUACUUAAAAUUGUUCAAGCAAAGCCAAACAUGGCAUUGGCAGCUUUUGCUCGAACCUCUGCAUUGGCAGGAAGUUAUAUGCAAAGUUGAAAGGUCAUUAUGCUGAGGUCAAGUAGUCAGCUUGAUUCAGAUGAAACCUGUUAUGUGUAGCAUAAACAUUCCAAGCAGUAAUCUAAAACAUCCCCUUCCUCACCUCUAAGAAGCAUUACAAUCAAAUUAGGGGAAAUGUGCUACUUUAUAUAUGCAAUGUAUUUUGGAUAUUGAAUAUAUGAAUCUAUAUAUAAUUUUGCAAUUAAUCAUUUUGUUAUUAUUGUCAUUCCUGCAAUGUAUUAAGUAUUAUGUUUUGUAAAAGGGUUGUAUAGGAAAAUGUGACAAAAUAAAUGUUUUUACUUCAAAA